AUGGUGGGAAAUCAUUUAUAUGAAAGGGGGUUUAUGGAUUUCUAUUUUAUAUGGACGAGCCACGGAGAGCAGUGUGGCUAUUCUGGUGAAGCAUCAACAAGCAACAUUCAAGAUCAUGUUGAUGAAGGCACAAAUUCUCCAGUGGAGAACAUGAUUCAUGACGAAUAUCAGGAGACUAAUAUACCAUACGGUGGAUCUGAUGAGAAUGUUUUUGAGGAGCCAUCUGGAGAUGCAAGUAUAUUCUUCAAGAGAUUAGAGGAUGCACAACAACCAAUCUACGAGGGUUGUGCUGAAGGGCUUUCUGGACUAUCAUUGUCUUCACGACUCAUGAAUAUAAAGACUGAUCAUAAUCUGUCUGAGGUGUGCAUGAAUGCAAUCUGUGAUGCGUUCACCGAUUAUCUACCAGCGAAUAAUCGAGCUCCAAAAUCAUAUUAUGAGAUUAAGAAGUUGACACGGUCUUUGGGAUUACCGAUGCACAAGAUAGAUGUUUGUGAGGACAACUGCAUGUUGUUCUGGAAAGACGAUGAGAAGUUACUGAAAUGUCGUUUUUGUGGAAAGGAUAGGUAUAAACCAAAAGCAGAAGGUGGAGGAAAAAACAUCCCUUAUCAGAGGAUGUUUUAUAUGCCUAUUGGAGAUAGGUUGAAGCGUUUAUACCAAUCAGAGAGGACUGCAUCACACAUGAGAUGGCAUGCAGAACAUUUGUCUCCCGAAGGCGAGAUGCAUCAUCCAUCAGAUGGGGAAGCAUGGAAACACUUCCAGAAGGUAUAUCCUCAGUUUGCUUUGGAACCUAGAAAUGUUUAUCUCGCCUUAUCGACCGAUGGUUUUAAUCCUGGAGGAAUGCAUAGUCAAGAUCAUUCUGUGUGGCCCGUUAUGGUCACGACAUACAAUUUGCCACCAGAUAUGUGCAUGAAGAGAGAGAAUUUGAUUCUUUCUGUUUUAGUUCCUGGUCCUAAGCAUCCAAAGAAAAGUCUGGAUAUCUACUUACAGCCGUUGAUUGAAGAGUUGAAAGAUUUAUGGACAAACGGCAUAAACACUUAUGAUGUGUCGAAGAAAGAAAAUUUUGUGAUGCGAGCAGUCUUGAUGUGGACGAUAAGUGAUUUUCCAGCAUAUGGUAUGCUUUCUGGGUGGAUGACACAUGGACGACUUGCUUGCCCAUAUUGUCUUGAAGAAACCGAAUCUUUCUGGUUAAGAAAUGGGAGAAAACAUAGUUGGUUCGAUUGUCACAGGAAAUUUUUCCACGAAGAUCAUCCUUACCGUAGAAAUGUGAGGAGUUUCACAAAGAACAGAUCAGUUAGAGAACUUCCACCUUCGAUUUUGAGUGGUGAAGAAGUUCUUUACGAGAGAAUCAACCAGAUUGAUGGGUUGAAGUGUUCUGUUGUUUGCGGAGGUAAUGGACAUAUACCUCGCGAUAUCGAUGGUUAUGGUGAUUAUCACAAUUGGAUAAAGAAGAGUAUUUUCUGGGAGUUGCCGUAUUGGGAAAAUCAGUUGCUUCGACAUAAUCUCGAUGUUAUGCAUAUUGAGAAGAAUUAUUUUGACAAUAUCAUGAACACGGUAUUGAAUGUGCCUGGGAAGACAAAAGAUAAUUUGAAAUCAAGGUUAGACUUACCCGCUAUUUGUAACAGAAAAGGAUUAGAGGUGACAGAAGAUGGGAAGUUGCCAUUUCCGGUUUUUAGAUUAUCAAGUGAAACAAAAAAAAUAUUUCUCCGAUGGUUGAAGCGAGAGAUUAAAUUUCCGGAUGGAUAUGUUGCGGAUAUUUCAGCUUGUGUGGAUGAAGAAAAUGGGAAGCUUGCGCACUUAAAAAGUCACGAUUGUCAUGUUAUUAUGCAACGUCUACUUCCGAUAGCCUUUUCAGAACUACUUCCACGAGAGGCCCAUAAAGCAAUAUCAGAUAUAGCGCUAUUCUUCAGAGAUAUUUGUGGAAAGACUUUGAAAAAAAGCGAUGUCGAAGUAAUGAAAGACAAUAUUGCUGUGAAGACUUGCAAUCUAGAAAAAAUAUUCCCUCCAUCAUUCUUUGAUGUGAUGGAACACCUUCCCGUUCACCUACCUUACGAAGCUGCAUUAGGAGGCCCUGUUCAGUUCAGAUGGAUGUAUCUAUAUGAACGACAAAUGAAUCAUCUGAAACAGAAAGCAAAAAACAAGGCAAAAUAUGCUGGGUCAAUAGUUGAUCACUAUAUCACAGAAGAAAUCUCCCAAUUUUCUUCUUACUAUUUCGCGGCAGAUGGUCGAGGUACACAUCAUCAUCAGACGACUCAAGGUGAAAUUCAGUUCACAUACGAUUAUCCAGAUGUUCCUAGCAUGUUUCAGCCUAUUGGAAGGGUAAGUGGUAAAUCUAAAGAAGCAUGGUUAACCGAAGAAGACGCUCACAUCUUACAUACAUUUCUUCUGCUCAAUUGCGAAGAAAUCGAACCUUAUGAGAGGUUGUAUGAGGAUUAUAUGCGUAUACACCAACCAGGCAUUACAGAAAAAGAGUUGACAUUUGCAAAAGAAAAUGAUUUUGCAUAUUGGUGUAGAGAUUAUAUCAAUGAUGUAGAACAUAAGGAUCCAGGAAACUCUGUUUCUUUGUGGUUGCUUGAGUUUGUCCAAGGGCCAAAGCGACAUUAUAAAACAUGGCCAAUGUUUAUCUCAAGGGGAUACAAAUUUCACACAUAUGAUCAUGGACAACACAAGAAAACGAUGAACUAUGGAGUUUGUGUUCGAGGAUCACCAGACUCAGAGUUCUACGGUAUUAUAAACGAGAUAUUUAUGAUCGAGUAUCAUGGCGCUGUCGGUCUUAAGACAAUGGUUUUUCGGUGUAAGUGGUUUGACCAAACCAUUGGACAAGGAAUGCGGAGACACCCUUCUGGCAUUGUUGAUAUAUGUCCAAAGAAACACUAUCAGAAGUAUGAUCCUUUCAUUAUAACUAAUCAAGCUGAUCAAGUAUGUUAUAUUCCUUAUCCUCGUAUUAGACAACGCAACGAAGAAUGGUGGGUAUGUUCAAAGGUCAUUCCACGUGGUGUUCGAUCAUCCCCGCAAAUGAUUGAUUUAGUUCUACAAGAUGACAACUACAACCAGAUUGUUGCACCUGUUGAUCUAUUAGAUGUAGCGGAACAUGCAGUUGAUGCUGAAACCGAUGAUGAAAUGGAAUUAGAUGAUCCAACAAUAGAUGAGGAGCCUACACUAGAAGAUCACUAUGAAAGUCCAAAUGAUGGUUCUUACGGAUCCGAAUAA